CACCAGAUCACAGCUCAUAUUUUGAAAGUGUCCAGAACUAUGCAGUUUUAUCACUGGUGCACGGUGUUCUUCUGUUUCAUGGCAUGGAAGCGUGAGGCCUUGUCUACUCUCCAGUCUGACAUCCUGCAUGUGAAAAGGAAACUUGGAGAUUCCUUCACAUUUCCACAAAAGAUUCCUCAGGAUGGAUUUCUCAGGUUUGGCCACUUUGUUACAUUAUCAACUGUAGCACUGAUAUCUAACUGGAACAUAAGUCGCUUGUAUACGGACAAAUUCUUGGGACGCCUACAAGUGGACAUUGAUGACCGAUCCUUGACAAUCACUCACCUGCGACUUGAGGACAGUGGGAUUUACCAGUUGGAGGACGUCACAGGAGACAAGUUUACCAAGAAUUACAAUUUAACUGUAUAUGGAGUUUUUUCCGUUACCCAGUCUGAUAUCCUGCAGGUGAAAAUUAAACUGGGAGAGUCAUUCACAUUUCCGGAAACAAUUCCUCAGGAGGUAUUUCUCAAAUUUGGUCAUUCACUCAAAACAUUAGCACAAAUAACAAAUUGGACCAUUAGUCGUAUUUACAUGGACAGAUUCUCUGAACGGGUACAAGUGAACAGAGCUGCUCACUUCUUGACACUCACUCAUCUGCGACGUGAGGACAGUGGGAUUUACCAGCUGGAGUCUGUCACAGGAGACGAGUUUAUCAAGACUUAUAAUAUAACAGUCUACAUGCCCGUGUCGCCUCCUAAAGUGAGCAGCGUCUUGUCUGAGAAUGGCAGUUGUGUCCUGUCCUGCUCAGUGGAGAAUCACACUCAAGCGACUGUUUUCUGGCUGCCAGGAGAUGUUGCCUUGACAGAGAAGAGUCCUUUCAUUAACAUCCUGUUGGUGAAAAUCAAAGAGGCUGACAAGCAGUACACGUGUGUGGCAGAAAAUCCAUUCAGCAAGGAGAACAUAACAGUCACAACAGACGAGAUAUGUGCAAGAAAAGAUUUACCUGGAAGUCAUGAAGCCAUCAUAACCCACACGGAGGCCAUUCUGAGGCUGGUGUGUUUCUCCAUUCUGACAAUUGGAUUUAUUCUUUUUCUGUGGAAAACUUUUAGGACAUGGCAUGGUUAACAAAUGAAAGCAAAAGUAAGCAUCACACAUGUGGUAGACCCGUUUGCCCCUGCAGACAUGUGAGCCAGAAAAACGUGACAAAGCGACACAAACAAAUCAGCCAUGACAGUCUGAAGGUCCCUUCCAGGAGGGUCACUUGACUAACUUCAUCUCUUCUUCUUCAUAUCUCCUUGAUGGUGACGUGCAUUGGGCAUUGCGUUAGCUUACCGUCACUCAAAGUCUACCUCAAAGGUUUUUGUCUUUUUUUUAAGCAUCUUCUUCUGCACUUUGAACUUUGAAUUUCAUCCUGUGCUUUGUUCUUUACUCUGAUCUGCAAAUUAACGACAUUCUGCAAUUUCUAGAAUUUUGUAUCUUUGCCCCUUUCUUUGUGAUCACAAGUUUUUUGAAGAAAAUGAAUGAAACAGGAUGUGUGAAAUUAACAUUAAAUAAAUCCCCCCACGACAUAUCUUUGCCCCUUUUUGGAUUUCUUGUUGCCUACUUUAGACUCAAUGCUUGUUAAUUAAAAAUUAUUAAA